CGCACCAAGCUGAGAAUCUUCAUGAAGACAAGCAGAAAAAUGGUGCUGCUGUGCUCUUCAGUGCUGUCGCUGGCAACCCUCCUGCCCAUCUCGCUGAAGAGACGCGAGGGACUGGGUCCAUCUUUGCUCACAACUAGCACGAAUGUUAGCUUGCCCCACAGAGGGGAAGGCAAGGUGUCAGACCCGAAGGAGGCCCAAAGAGAUGCACCAAGUGAAGUUCAGACGGAUGAGGAGACGACGGUGACACAGGAAGCCUCAACAUCUUCUGCGGUGACGUCAAGUGCUGGAGUGGUUUUGGAGGAAUUUCCUACCACACCAUUUGUGCUAGAGAAUGCCACAAAAGACUUGGAGGAAUUUUCGACAUCGUCUCCUUCAGGACCAUCGACUACUACCACAGCAGUCUCGCAGGCCAAAGUGCCAGCAAGCCGGCCGGCGUGUUACGUGAGAAUGAGGUUUUGCCGUGCUUGGGAGGGCCUUGCUGGCAUACUUCGGUAUAAUCAGCAUGUUUUAGCUGCCGCCGUGAAGUACAACUGUGCCUACGUUUGCGAGCCAGUUCCCAAUUGGAAAACGGCGAGUCAUGACACUGGAGCCGUUGACGAUUUGUUCGGGUGCAUUGAUGGCAGGGCCGUUGGGGAUCCACGGCGUAUUGCCUCGGCAAGAAGUGUGCUGAAGCUGCCAGUGGUGAAUGCCCAGUUUCGAAUUGAUGACAAAUUCCUCACCCGCUACAAGACGACUGGCAGAGUCAAAGAACACUUGGUUACUGGUCCAGCCAUCUCUUUGAAUCCGCGGCCGAGCAGAUUAGCGGUGUACCAGCUGACGUGCCCCAUUGCCAGCCGUGUGGUUUCUUACGAGGUCACCUACCCCUGGCUGCGGGAACAGUUCGCGGCCGCACGGGGUACUCGUGAUGAGCAGCUCAUUUGGCGAUUUGGAAACUUUCGGUGGAGGAUAGCCAUACAACUGAGGCGUGGGGAUCGGCCAAGCCAAUGCCCUUUAGGUAUCUACCUCAAUGCCUUGAGAGGCUUGCUGAGAGCUCUCCCAUGUCUAACAGAAGACAACACAGAGAUCAUUGUGGUGGGUGAGAUGGACACAGAGACACCGGAGUUUGAUCCACUGAAGCAUCUCAACGUGCACUUCCUCUCGGGGAGGAAGACCAGAGGCAAGACGGCCAAGCAACGCUUGGUGCGUGACCUGGACCACUUGUCCACCUCCAACAUUCUCAUUCUGGGAGGUGGAGGUGGCUUCGCAGGCUUGGUGGGCGCAUUACAGGUUGAAGGUGGCACUGUGCUGCAUGCACGGACACAAAACUUUGCCCUCGAUGGCGUGCCUCAUGCGCAUAAGCUUGACGAUAGUGGCCGCUUCAUGUGUGCUUAUGACCUGAAGCCCUUGGUGCGCACCAUCAUGGGCACCGAUUUGGAGAGUCUUAGCCACAUGGCGCCACAGAGUGCCGAGUUUCUGCAAAAGGUGGAAAAGAGUCUGGAAGAGUACCAGGUGUGGUACGAAGCGCAUGGCCAGCCUGGAAACCUGAACUUCAGCUUGCAGGAGGUGCCGCCGUGCAAACUGAACCGCAGCAAAUUUGUGGAUCCCACUGGCCAGCUUCCAUUUUGAGCUUCAAAAAACCCUUAGAGCUUGGAAACAGCCUGGGCUUGCAAAGCGAGCACCGAAGAGAAGACAAGCGGCCUGGGAUGUGGGGCGUGUCCUCAGCAGAAGCGGUGGAAAAGAUUCGUGCCGGUUGAUGUAACUUCUGCUCGUCAUUGCUUCAAGC